GUGGCGUUGGCUGUCCGUAGUCUUGAAGUUGACAGUCAACAUUUAACAUGGCGAUGAUGAUGAAUGGAAGGAGCGCUAUGUCAAAAUUCGACCUGGCAAGCCCUUAUAUCCCUUCCUAUGAUCCAACUGUACCAUGGCAAGCCGAGCACAGAACAGGAACAACCAUCAUGGCUGUUGAAUUUGAUGGAGGAGUAGUCAUUGGUGCUGAUUCCCGCUCCACUACUGGUGUCUACAUUGCCAAUCGAGUGACUGACAAACUAACUAAAAUUACGGAUAACAUCUACUGUUGCCGAUCUGGUUCUUCCGCUGACACACAGGCUAUUGCGGAUGUUGUUCGCUACCAUAUUGGCAUGCACAGGAUGGAGCUUGGAGAGGAGCCUCGUGUAGAAGUAGCUGCUACUCUAUUCCAGGAUAUGUGCUACAAUUACAGAGAUUCUCUCACUGCUGGUAUUAUCUUAGCUGGCUGGGAUCCCUACAAGGGUGGUCAGGUUUACACUAUUCCUCUUGGGGGCAUGAUGUUGCGCCAACAAAUCACCAUUGGAGGAUCAGGCAGCACCUAUGUGUAUGGCUAUGUUGACAAACACUUCAAGCCAGGAAUGACCAAGGAUGAGUGUAUGAAGUUUGUUCUUAAUGCUGUAACUCUCGCUAUGUUGCGAGAUGGUUCGAGUGGAGGCUGUGUGCGACUUGGCGUGAUCACCAAGGAAGGAACUGUGAAGCACUGCGUCUUGGGCAAUGAGCUACCUCAAUUCUUCAUGGGCUGAGCAACAACAAUCCCACCUAUAAUGCUGUUUCUACAAAGUUUGAUGAGUGUAUGUGAAGGCAAGAAUAUUAGAUUAUGGAAAAGGUUUCUUUUUGUAAAUUAAUAAACAGAAUCAAUUUAUAAA